AUGUCUUCGUCCGUUUCGGCCAUGGCUGCAAACUUCCCCCACCCGCUGCGUGGCGCCUUCACGCCAAAAUGUCCCUCGCAAACCCAUGUCUUGGCCACCUCGUGGGUCACACCUCCAACACCUCAGGACUCCCAGGCGUCGGAGAGUACCCCCCCUUCUCCAGACACGUCGCACAUGCUGCCACCAAUGACGCCGCUCCAGUCGGCUGGCCUCCUGUCUGCUGGCGGACAGAGCAUGGCGGCAGAAGCAGCUCUCCCAACACCAGAACAGACGCCGCCGUCGCCACCGCACCGCAUUCGCUCCAACAGCUCGUCGCUUGGGCCUCGUGGCCGGGAGGCCCGCAUGCAGCAAUGGCUGACCGACAUUCCGCUACCCAUGUCACCACAGGAACGAUACCUCCAGGGGCUCAACCCCAAAACCAAUCACCCGCUGCACCCCCAACCGCUCAAGCUGCCCUCGUCCCGCCAGGUCCGACUUGUCAGUAUCGGCGAGGAGGGCAGACAUGUGAAGCUCGACAACCACGACAAAGAAAAUGUGGACCAUGUCCCGGGCUGGAUUCCUCUGGAAAGCAAGAAGAGGCACAACUCGGAGGAGCUGGACGGGAUGCUGGCGCGAAAGCGCACCAAGAUUCUCGACCCGGUCCGGCGGUUUUCCCAAAAGGUCUCGUCGUCGCUUGCCUUGGCCCCGGCUAUCGAAGAACUCGUCGAGAUGGCUGCCGUGCGGAGACAUAGCGAGACCAUGUCGUCGGAGGACGCGGCCAAACAGAGCGAGCAGCCGUAUCAGUUCAGCCAGGCGGCCAAGCCGCAGCGGCGAAAAAGCAGCUUCCGUACAUCCCUGUCCAAGCGUCCCGGCUCACUGCGUGCGUCUGGCUCGGGCGCGCUUCGGCGAAUGAUGAAGAAGCCAGCCGUUGGUGCGCAUCCCGGCCAGGCUGCUGUCUGGCACGAGGACCGGCCGGACAUGAUUGUCAAUGUCGCUUUCAUAGGCGACGGCCCUGUGGGGAAGAGCGCUCUGAUUCGACGUCUUGUCCACGGCACCUUUCCGAAGGAUUACGUGCCAAGCGACAUUCACGAGAGUACAUUCCGGCUGACCGUGGACGAUGUCCGUGUCCAGCUGAACCUCUCGGAGGCUGGCAGUGGGCACGAUGCGGGCCAGCCGAGCAUCCUUGCUCUGGGCUGGUUCAGUGUGGUUGUUCUCUGUUUUGAUGUCGGACGACCGAGCAGCCUCGAGAAUCUGCAAAAGUACCGCAAUGAUAUCGCCAUGUACGAGGAAAAUGCAGUCGUCGUCUUGGCAGGACUGAAAAUGGAUGCUCGUCAUCGCCUUCCUCCUCUUCACAUGUCGCUCGACGACGAGGAUGCGGUCCCCGUAUCCGUUGCCGAAGGAGAAGAAGCUGCGGCAAAGAUGCGCUGCAACGGCUACUUUGAGUGCUCUUCGCUCGGUUCCUGCGAAGGGAUGGAUGCUUUGUUUGACUACGUUUUGCGGUCUGGCGUUGACCUUCAGAAGUUUCGCGACAAGAAGAUGGCACGGUUCCGGCUGGAGCAUUCGGUCGACAAGGGCAUGGCCAAGAUUGCCGACGGGGUCCGAUCUCUUUUCCUCUUUCAAAACUCUAAGGAGUAG